AUGGCUGGGGACGACGGUACUUCGAUCACGACUUUGGACGAGGGUACUUCGAUCAGGGCUGGGGACGAGGGUUCUUCGAUCGUGGCUGGGGACGAGGGUUCUUCGAUCACGACUUGGGACGAGGGUACUUCUAUCAGGGCUGGGGACGAGGGUACUAUGGCUGGGAACGAGGGUUCUUCGAUCGUGGCUGGGGACGAGGGUUCUUCGAUCACGACUUGGGACGAGGGUACUUCGAUCAGGGCUGGGGACGAGGGUACUAUGGCUGGGGACGAGGGUUGUUCGAUCGUGGCUGGGGACGAGGGUACUUCGAUCAUGGCUGGGGACGAGGGUUUGUUGUUUGAAUCGAUGUUACUCUCUGCCUGGGUUAUAGUUUCAACAACAGUAUUCGAAUUGGAAGCCCACUUACGUAAAUUGAAACCACCAGCUAGCAUGAUGCCUUUGGUGCCCUUGUAAAUAUUUAAUGCUUCAUCAUCACUCGGAGCCCCAGAAACUAAAUCAUCGACAUACAGGCCAUUCUUUAAUACUUUGACUGCAUCAGGAUUCUCGUCUUCAUAUAAAUUCAAGUGAUGAUUAAUCGUAGCUCCCAACAUAGCAGGCGAUGGUCUUAAUCCAAAGACUAAUCUGGUAAAUCGAAAUUCGAUGAUUUCUGGAAUCGGUUCCUGAAUGUUCUUAACCCAAAGAAAACGUAGCAUGUCCCAGUCCACAUGAUCUAUGCCCACCAUUAAGAAUGCCUUUUCUAUAUCUGCAACCAAUCCAACUGCAUGGGAUCUGAACUUCACGAGUAUGUUGAAUAAAUGAGGAAUAUUGUUAGGACCAAUAUAUAGGCAAUCGUUGAGUGAAUAGUUCCGUUCUUUAGUAGUAGCAGAACCGUCGUAUACUACACGUAAUUUCGUAGUGGAUUUAUCUUCACGCACAACAGCGUGAUGUGGGAGAUAAUGUACAUUAUCGUUGUCUUGGUUACUGCUUGUGCUUCCAUUCACACGAGGUACUUCCUCAAUGAUUCCCAAUUCUAUUUGAUCUUUGAUGCUCUUAUCGUAUUCUUGAAGUAGUUCCGGUUGUUUCUUUAGUUUGCUGUACAACGAACGCAGUCGGUUGUAACAUAAAUCAUAGUCGUUGUCUAGCAUAGGACGCUCUUCUUUCCAUGGAAGUCCCACUUUGUAACGCUCACCUGUAAAUUGGAUGUUUUGCAGAAAUUUGUCAUCUUGGUGGGAAUCUUGUUUGUUAUCAAUGAUCCCAAUGGAUUCAGUGUCCCAGAAUCGUUUUAGUGAAUCAACAAUUUCAUCGUUUCGAUUUGGAAUGGCAGAAUUCUGGCAUGGAUCACCAGCUAAAAUGAGGUUGGACAUGCUGGAAUGGUUGUUGGAUGAAGAUUGAGUUGUGCGACCCGACAAUAACCAACCUAGCUUACUGCUAAUGGCUGUGGGCCCACCUUCACCUCGAACAAUGUCUCCCGUUAUAAAAUCCCAGUAGUGGCUUACUGUCUUCGUUGUAGUCUGCUAGUUCCAGUCCCCUUAAGUGUGCAUAACUUGUGUUAACCCUUGUUCGUACAGGAGAACAAAUAGUGGGGAAAUUAAUGGCAGAAAUUUCGACGCUAUCUCGAUCGGUUCUACUUUCUAAAGUAAGCUUAUAUACAUCACAACCUUUCGCUUAAAUUUGUUGUCGCCAAACGUAUUCAAAUUAAGUGUAUACCCUCGAUGUGGGCUUUAAAUUCAACCGUCUCUGAACUGAAUUAGUGAUGUAGGUCCGCUGACUUCCAGUGUCAAAUAGUACUCGCACUGGUACUGAUUUCUCACCAUUUGUCGCAACAGCCCGAGCUGUUUGUAAUAAAACAGUUCCCUGAGAUACUCGUGUGGCAGUCACUGUCAAAUUCGAAUUUACUUCCGGUUGAUUAUCUUCAUGUUUAGUCGCUUCGUUAUUUUUUUGCUUAUCGAUUCGAGCGCAGAUAGACUGAUGAUGUCUACCUGAGCAAUGACGGCAUCUUCUCUGGUUGGUACAAUCUCGGGCAUGGUGACCUUUAUACAAACAAUUAAAACAGCGACCAGAUUCUCCUAAAAUUUUCUUACGUGCUUCAGAACUAAUAACCUUGUCACAUGAAGCCGAAUAAUGACUCCCUUCACAAUAAACACAUUGUAUUUUGAAACUACCACCGUCCUUUGUUUUGGUUACUAAACUACUAGCAGUAGGGGGGUUAUAUCCCUUUGCUGAACCUUGCGAUUUCGGAAAUUUAUGUGAACUGUUCUCAGUUGCCUUGGUUGCCUCGCUAGCUUCACGCGCCUCAAUUUCGAUUUUGAUUGUUUGAAGUAGUUCAUCGAUUACCCAAACAUCCUUAGUUGACUUUCGAGCAAUUUGUAAUCUAACAUCGCUUGGCAUUUUUGACAUGAUUAUGGGUAUUAAUAAACUUCCAUAUUGCUCUGAAGAGAUACCCAAGGAAGCCAAGCCGCGUACAUGCACACUGAUCUUGUCGUAUACAAAUCUUAAAGCAGAUAACUUAUCGCUAGUGCAAGCUUGGAUCUUGAGUAUUUCGUCCAUGUGUGCUGUUACAAUUUGUUGCGGCUUACCGAAACGAUCCUUGAGAAUUUGGAUGGCAGACUCAUAAUUAGCAUUUGUUAAUGUAAGUCCUUGUAUAGCUCGUAAUGCGGGACCCUCUAAGAGAGAGUUCAGGUAAUUGAAUUUGUCAAUGGUUGAAAUAUCAUUGUUUGUAUGUAUUGCUGAUUCAUAUGAAUCCCAAAAUGUACUCCACAUUGUCACUUGACCUCUAAAUUUUGGUAAUGUCAGCUUUGGUAGUUUUGGUUUUGAUGACAUGGUUGUAUUUGAAUAAUGUGACGAUGUGUUUACAUUAUGAUCCCCUUGUAAUUGACUUGUUGCUUGGUUACUGGUUUCAUUCAAAUUAUCGCUUGUUUGCUCAAUAUUACUUGACGUUUCAUUCGUAUUUACAGCACUAUUCUCGCUCGAAUUCACAAUCGUUUGAUUACUAACCUUGUUUACGUUUCCAUGUCCUCGUUUAUACUUCUCGAUUUUCUUUGUAGCGUUUAAUAUGCGAGCCACUAUCUCCGAUGACUCUUCUAUUUCGAUUUCUAUGUCCUUAAUUUCGCAUAAUCCAAGGAUUUCUUCGUCCAGUUCGUUAAGUAUUUUCAAUUUCUCGCUCAGUAACGAAUGAAUAACUUCGCUUCGAUUGAUAUUUUCUUCGUCUUGAGAUUGGAUAACCUCUUCCGCUUCCUUUGCUAACUUUGUGCACACGCCACGAUGGCCUCCUCGCUUCGCUCGUAAACGGUCAAAUUUUUCCUUCGUAUUCGCUUCCAAAGACAUUUUAAAUCGAUUAUACGGUCUUGGGCUUAAUGCCCCACGUUGGGCGCCAUGUUAUGAAUAGUAAUUCUGCGAUAAAUUUGACCUUUUCUUCGAUAAUAUACACACAAAACAUUUUAUUGUACACAAAAUACGAAAAACAAUACACUAACUGGCAAAAAAUGUUCACGUGAUACGUCACAGUGAUCAAAUUGUUCACGUGCGUUCCAAAGUUGCGUAAUCCUUAUAAUAACAAUGAAUAAUAACAAUGAAUCUUUAUAACAAUAACUGGAUCAGACUUGUUGGAACAACCUUGUAACAAGUCUGAUAAUAUCAACAAGGUUGUUACAACUGUUAACAAGUUGUUCCAAACUUGUUGACGACUUGGGACAAGCAGUGCGAACACAACUUGUUGACGCCUUGCAACGGUUAGCGCGACUGCAUGACUGCUCACGAAAACAAUCUGUUUGUACGAUUAAUUUCGUCUUAUGCCAGUAUGCGAAAAGAAUAAUUCCUAAUAGCCAGACAGCAGUCGAGUUUAGCGUACAUUAGACCAUGCUUACAUGAGGAGGAUGAAUUCAGAACUGCACGAGGAUACGAUAAUCCAAGAUAUUUAGUCGUACACACGUAGAAAUCUCACAACUUGUCAAUAAGAUGUUCGCAACAGGUUUGUAGCAAGCUUGUCAACAAGUUGUAACAAUGCUGUUAUUUUAUCAAGUUGCUAUAAGGUUGUCACUCACAACUUGUUGACAAAUUGUUGAAUUGCAGGACGACAACAAGUUGUUGGGAACAACUUAUAACAAGCCUGUUGAGCUCAAAAACCUCGUAGCAAGUUGUGUAACAAGCCGUUGACAACUUGUCAACAAGCUGGGAACAAGCAGUGCGAACACAUCCUGUAGAAAAGUUGUCGGAACAGCAUUGCAACAAGUCCGCUGUAGGUUUGUUACAACUUGUGCGUUUUUACGUGUUUUUACAAACUCACACAAAGUACAGGUGUCUGAAAGGCAUUCAAACUACGAGCACAAUUGUAUAUACAAACACUGCAAUCGAGUCCCAUCAGUGCAAUCAUGUUUCAUUCCAAAACAUGUCAAACUUAUACAUAUACGGACUAAACUACGGUUUUGAAUCCUUAGCAUGGUACCAGCACAAAAAGUAAUUACGCAAAUAGCAAGAGUUCCGCGUACCUACGUGGUUGAGACGAAAGAAGCACGAAGUACCAGACCGUAAUAUUAGAGAGGUUAAGAUACCCCGGUUUCGGUGUACAGGUACGAGUAGUGUCAUCUUGUUUCACUGAUGUCUGUAAUUCGAUCAUACGACAUACGUUUUCUGUUUUCUUGCAAUAGACAAUGAUAUAAUGCGAAAAAUGUGCACCUUAAUUACGAGUAAAGGUACAGACAUCGACGAAAAUAUUUGCUAACCAAAAUCAUGCUACCCAUACACGUACACGUACACCGAAACCUGGGUAUCUUAACCUCUCUAUUGGCGUACCUCCGGUACGCAAGUACGCGAAUUAUUACAUCCUGCUGCACUCAAAUGUGCAUGAGUUUCAUUGUUGUGAUCACGUCGUAUAGGACACAUGUGCUGAUUGGAUGAAUUGCAGUACACACGUAAAAACGCACAAGUUGUUACAGGUCUGCAAACAAGUUGUUACAAAUCUGUUCACAAGCUGUCAACAAGUUGUGUUCGCACUGCUUGUUCCCAGUUGUUGUAACAAGUUUGGAACAAGCUGUUCACAACGUGUAACAAGCUUGAUGGCAUUAGCAGACUUGUUACAAGGUUGUUCUAACAAGUCUGAUACAGUCAUGAUAUAGCAAGAAUGUUACAAGGUUGACGACACAAGGUUGUAACAAUAUUGUUAUAUCGUGACUGGAUCGGACUUGUUGGAACGUUGCAACGGAUCAACGAGGUCGUUACAAGUUGUUAACAGCUUGUUCCAAACUUGUUGCAACAACUGGGAACAAGCAGUGCGAACACAACUUGUCGACGUCCUGCAAGAUAUGAAAUUGUUUAUGUACUCUUGUAUAUACAUUCCUCCCUUCCUGCAACGGGGCAGUUGAGACUUGUGUGCUCACGAAAAUAAUCUGUUUGUACAAUUAAUUUCGUCCUAUGCCAGCAUGCGAGAAGAAUGACUCCAAAAAAGCUAGACAGCAGUCGAGUUUAGCGUACCUUAGACUAUGCUUAUAUGAGAGGCCAACGCCAUGCAAUCAAAUUUGCAUGCGUUUCCUUGUUGCGAUCACAUAGACAAUAGUUUGCUAAUAACACAAUCAAAAAAGGUAAUAUGUGAAUUUUAUGGUAAUAUGUGAAUGUCUUAUAACAUUUCUUCUAGGACCUUAG